AUGCUGACUUGCGGCAAGACGGUGUUGUAUGCAACAGCGUGCUGCGGAGACCAUACUGUCGGCGAUGGCUCCUUUACUCCCCUGCAGGUCAACUAUGCAGAGAGGUUCAGUGCAGCCGGCAGGACCAGCGGAGGCUGGCUGAAGCGCGAUGGGAGGCCCAAGGACGGGGAGGUGCUGACGGCGCGUCUAGUGGACCGGCCGCUGCGGCCGAUGUUUGCGCCGGGCUGGGCCAAUGACACGCAGGUGCUCAUCUGGGUGCUGUCCUACGACGGCAUCAACACCCCCGAGCCGCUUGCAAUCACCGCCGCCGCUGCCGCCCUCGCCAUCUCUGAUAUUCCGCUGCAGAAGGCGGUGGCGGGGGUGCGAGUGGGGCUGCUGGAGGGGCGGGGGUUUGUGGUGAACCCCAGCGAGCAGGAGCUGCAGGAGAGCAGCCUGGACCUCAUGCUGGCCGGCACAGCUGAUGCCCUACUCAUGAUAGAGGGCUACUGUGACUUCCUGUCCGAGGACCAGAUGCUCGAGGCUGUGAGGGUUGGAACGGAGGCUGUGGCAGAGCAGUGCCGGGCGAUUGAGGGGUGGAGGAAGCAGGUGGGGCGGCCGAAGCGCCAAGACAUGGCCCACGGCACAGAAGGCCUGGAGGCCCGGAUUGAGGCCCUGUGCAGGGACGAUGUGGAGGCUGCUUACCGAAGAAGUGGCGGCAAGCAUGAAAGGUCUUCGGCGGUGAUGGCCAUACAGGAGCGGGUGAAGUCUCAGCUGGCAGAAGCAGAUUCUCUCCAGUCACUCGGGAGCCUGUCAGAGGAUGAGAGCGACGUCGAGGAAAUGUCUGUCGGCACAUCCGGGGCAGCGCCCGUCGCCAACCUCUCCCAAUUUGGCCGAGCCUUUAAGCAUGUGGAGGCGCGGGUGAUGCGGCGGAUGGCGCUUGGGGAGGACUGCCGGGCGGACGGGCGCCGCUGCGACGAGGUGCGGCCGAUAACAUCGCGCGCGGGGCUGCUGCCAUCCACGCACGGCUCCUCCCUCUUCACCCGCGGCGAGACGCAGACCAUCGCCGUUGUCACCCUGGGCAGCGAGCAGGAUGCCCAGCAGGUGGAUGAGAUGGCGUUGGAGGGGCAGUUCUCGCGCAAGUUCUUCCUGCAGUACUACUUCCCGCCCAGCUGCGUUGGCGAGACCGGCCGCGUCGGCGCGCCCGGCCGCCGCGAGAUCGGCCACGGCCAGCUCGCCGAGCGCGCGCUCACCCCCAUCAUUCCCGACGCGGUGGACUUCCCAUACACCGUCCGUGUUGAGAGCACAGUGACCGAGAGCAAUGGGUCUUCUUCCAUGGCCAGCGUGUGCGGCGGCUACCUGGCCCUCCUCGAUGCAGGUGUGCCGGUGACGCGGCCGGUGGCGGGGGUGGCCAUGGGUCUGAUUUUGGAGCCCAGCGGGCAAUUCCAGAUUCUGACAGACAUUCUGGGCAGUGAGGACGCCAUGGGAGACAUGGACUUCAAAGUUGCCGGCGACGCUGAUCACAUCACUGCCUUCCAGAUGGACAUCAAGGUGGAGGGAAUUACGAUAGAAGUGCUGACGGCUGCGCUGGCGGCCGCGCGCGCGGCGAGGCGCCACAUCCUCGGGGAGAUGGAUCGCUGCGCCCCAGCCCCGAGGCGUUCCUUGGCACCCAAUGCUCCGCGCAUCCGCCGCUUCAACGUCAACCCCGACAAGCUGGGGCAGCUGAUCGGCCCCGGUGGCCGCUACAUCCGCGCGCUCAUCGAGGAGUCCGGCGCCGAUGACAUCAAGGUCGUUGACAACAUAAAGGGGACCGUGGAGGUAAUGGCGAGCAGCGACGAUAUUGCAACCAAAGCACUGCAGAUGGCAGAGAGGCUCCUGGAAGAGCCAGAGGUUGGCCGGACCUACAACGGCGCCAAGGUGGACUCGGUGGAGAAGUUUGGGCUGUUUGUGGAGAUCCUGCCGGGCAAGACUGGCCUGCUGCACAAUUCAGAGCUGGAUGUGGAUCGCAGCAUCACCGCGGAGAACUGGGUUGUCGGUGACUCCAUUGAUGUCAAGUUACUGGAGGUGUUGGAGAAUGGCAAGCUCAAGCUGUCAAGGAAGGCACUGCAGAUCGAGGGUGGGGCAGAGGAUAUACCUAUGGAGCAGCCAGAGCCGGGCAAGAUCUACAGAAAUUGUCAGGUGACGAGCUGCGCGGCCUUUGGGGUCUUUGUUGAGAUCCUGCCAGGAUUGCAAGGCCUGGUGCACGUUUCUGAGCUGGAGAUCGGGAGGGCAGAGGCAGAUGAGUGGUCCCCAGGGGACACCAUGGAUGUCAAAUUACUCGAGGUCAUGGCAGGGAACAAGCUGAAGCUGUCCAGGAAGUCUGUGCUGCUGGAGGAGGGCGUUGCCUCCCGCACUGCCUCCUCAGCCGCCUCGUCAGCAAGUUCGUCCGAGCUAGGCCGCAUCUACAAGGAUGCGAGGGUGACGAAGGUGAUGGCGACUGGAUUAGUCGUGGAGGCGGCGCCUGGCGUGGAGGGAACGGUGCACCAGACAGACCUGGACGUCACCCAGUACCCUGACCUGCGCUGCUGGCACGCCGGUGACGUAAUGGAUGCCAAGGUUGUCGAGGUGUCGGAGGACGGGAAGCUGCGGCUGUCCAGGAAGGCGGUGUUGCUUGACCAGCUGGGCAUUGUGGUCGAUGACAGGGCAUCCACAUCAGCAUCAACCCCUCCCGAGGAGCCCGAGAUCGGCAAAAUCUACCGGGAUGCGUGCGUGGAGGGCGUGAGCGCGUUUGGGCUCUUUGUGGAGAUCCUGCCGGGAGUGAGGGGCCUGUGCCACAUAUCGGAGCUGGAACUCGGCAGAACUGCCAGCAUGGACGCCUGGGAAGAGGGUGACCGCAUCGACGUCAAACUCAUAGACACGCUGAAAGAUGGCAAGCUGAAGCUGUCACGGAAAGAGGUGCUUCUCGAGGACGGAUCCGCGCAGAGGAGUAACGAGCCUGCUGUGGGAGAGAUUGUGCGGGGUGCAGUGGUCAGGAGCGUGGUGGACUUUGGAGUCUUCGUCAAGGUGGCUCCCGGCGUGAAGGGGCUGGUGCACAGGUCACAGCUUGACCUGGAUGACUUUGAGGAGGUCUCGGACAGGUACCAGAGCGGCGACAGAAUCGAUGUCAAGGUGCUGCAGCCUUUUGACGACCGCCUAACACUCUCACAGGUGGCAGCCUUGGAGGCCGCCGCUGUGUAGAGAUGAGUGCUGCAGGCAAUUAUCUUCAUUACAAGAUUUGUCUGCCAAGAGGCAAGGUUAAUGGUUGCCAAAAUCCUACCCCUUGUUGGGCUCGCCAAAUGCAACCAAGACGAAAUUAGUUUAUGAUUACAUUGCUCAGCAUUUAUACCGCCCCUCGCCAGCGGGGGCUAACUUACAAUCGCAUAACACCGUGGGUAAGACUUUUAGUGGAGAGGUUCUUGGGGCGCGCUUGAGGUGAAUAAAAUUUGCAGCAGGGCUCUGACUUUGGGCCAGUAGCAGGAGGAAUGAAUCUAAAUGUCGAGCACUGUGCAAGGAUAUUGCUGUACCUUGGUUUGCAGACUCGAGGAGAAAGCACGGAUACUAGUUGCGAGGUUUGCUAAUGCUUGCGCAGAACUUAGGUUUGCUCAUUGCUGUCUCACCAACGCAUGAACAGCUUAAUUCAUUGAAGGAUGGAUUGGACUGCAGCGGAUAUAUAGACCACAUUUGGUGUCUCAGCUGCUUGGGUUAGAACAGUAGCAGUCUAUCAACUCCACUGGGUAUGC